CAAUAAUAAUUGAUAAAAUUACAUACUACUGUAAUUAUCCUGUGAACUACGUGUAUUUUUUUUAAUACUUAUAACCUCAUGCCUGCGCUAAGUUUUACUUUAUAGUAUGUGCCAAGCUAGGGAUAUUUUAAUGUUUUAAAGUUAAGGUACAGAAAACAAGAUGAGGACGAGAAGAUUAUCGGCCUUUUUCUGGGCAACGUGUAUUAUAGCGUUUUUGUUCAUAUUGUAUGUAGUAACAGAUCUAAGCUUUAAACUACCCAGCAUCAAACCAGCAAUGGUUGAACUUGAUGAUAACAAAUGGACAUCAUUUGAAACAAAACUACGAAACAUAGAGAAUGGCCUUAACGAGCAUCAUUCUGUGGUGGAAGAGAUCAAAAGGUCUAUGGACCAGAUUGUAGAACAGUCGCAAGAGGUCCAUCCUCCAUUGAAGAGGCCUAAACCUGUCUUCAAAGAGAAGAUCAGGGACUUCAAAGUGGUUGGAGAUGAGCCACCAAGAAUGCAUAAGAAAAUCAACAUGUCUUACUGCCCUAUAUUGCAGACCUCCAAGACUGAUGUGCAGAUGCUAUCAUUGUAUGACAGAAUCAUGUUUGAUGACAUAGAUGGUGGGGUGUGGAAGCAGGGGUGGAACAUAGAGUACAAAGACAACCAGUGGAGCAGUAAGAACAAACUUAGGGUGUUUAUUGUACCACACUCUCACAAUGAUCCUGGAUGGAUCAAGACGUUCGAGAACUAUUACAAAUCUCAAACAAGAGCCAUAUUUACAAACAUGAUGGAAAAGCUGAAGGAGGGUGUAGGCAGGAAGUUCAUCUGGGCGGAAACCAGCUACUUGUCGCUCUGGUGGACUUCUGAUGCAACCAAUAAAGAAAAAGAAACAUUCAAAAGUUUAUUGAACUCAGGACAAAUAGAAAUCGUAACCGGCGGAUGGGUUAUGAACGACGAAGCAAAUAGCCACUGGUUAUCAAUCGCCCAACAGUUGACAACUGGUCACCAAUGGUUGAUCGAGAACCUUGGUUAUAUACCCAAGAAUGGUUGGGCCAUUGACCCAUUUGGCCAUUCAAGUGGCCAGCCCUACUUGCUCAAGUUGACUGGCUUGGAAAAUUCUGUGAUACAACGGGUGCACUAUAGAGUGAAGAAGGAACUUGCCUUACAUAGACAGUUAGAGUUCAAAUGGAGGCAAUUAUGGGAUGGUGUUGGGAAAACAGAUAUGUUUACACACAUGAUGCCUUUCUAUUCAUACGAUGUACCGCACAGCUGUGGACCCGAUCCGAAGGUUUGCUGCCAGUUUGACUUCAAAAGGUUACCAGGCAAUGGGAUAACAUGUCCAUGGGGUAUACCACCAAGGAAAAUCAUACUGAAAAAUGUUAAUGAGAGAUCUUCGAUGAUACUAGACCAGUGGCGCAAAAAGGCUCAGUUGUAUCGCAGUAACGUAUUGAUGUUCCCCCUGGGAGACGACUUCCGGUACGACCGCGCGAACGAGUGGGACAACCAGUACCAGAACUACGAGAUGAUCAUAGACUAUAUCAACAACAAGGACGAUUGGAACACUGAGGUCCAAUUUGGCACUCUACAAGACUACUUCAAAGCGGUACACGAAGAGAUAAAACUAUCCGACUUCCCGGUGCUGAGCGGUGACUUCUUCACUUACGCGGACCGCAACCAGCACUACUGGAGUGGCUACUAUACUUCUAGACCUUUCUACAAGAACAUGGAUAGAGUUCUGUUGGCCUAUGUUAGGGCUGCAGAAAUAAUAACAUCUCAAGCGUGUUCGUCUCGCUCCGUGAGCUACAUAACGUCGCUGCAGCUCCGGGACCGCGUGGAACAAGCCAGGCGCUCCUUGGCCCUGUUCCAGCAUCACGACGGGGUCACUGGGACCUCGCGGGAUGAGGUCCGAGAGGAUUAUGCUAAGAAAAUGCUCCAAGCCAUCAAAAACAGCCAAUCAGCGAUCCAGCAAGCCGCGUACCACCUCCUCAAACAGCCCUCAAUACUCGACCAAGUGCAAGACGACGUAUAUUUCGACGUAGACGACAUCUGGCGGAGUCACGAUGAGAUUCCUUCACGGAUAACCAUCGCUCUGGAUAUCAUGUCGCCUUCCAGACGUCUGUUGUUGUAUAACGCGUUGCCCUUUAAGAGGACUGAAGUGUUGACUGUGUUUGUCUCUACGCCACAUGUUGAGGUAUUCGACCCUGAAGGCAACCCGAUAAUGGCGCAGAUAUCCCCUGUGGUGACCGGUGAGAAGAGGCUGGGCUUCGCGGCGAACAAGUUCCACCUGUCAUUCCCUGUCACUGUCAACCCACUCGCUAUCACUGUGUACACUGUGUCACUCAGGGACAACAUGAGUAUUAACAAGUACACAUCAUACUCGCGCGUGCGCGUGUACAAUGCAGAGUACUGGAACAUAGAGCUGCCCAAGAUGUUCGCGGUGGAGCCGAGCGCGCGCCUGACGGAUGACGUCACGCUGCAGGCCGGCAAGAGUGCCCGCGUGCUGGCCACCAAGCACGGCCUGCUCAAGGCCGUCGUGUCGCCCGACGGCAAGACCACGCCCGUCCAUAUGGACUUUGUGCAAUAUGACACGCAAAAAAGUCAAGACAACAACAGCGGUGCGUAUCUAUUCAUUCCCGAUGGGCCGGCCACACCGUUCAAUGCGGACGCGUUCCCUGAAAUUGUCAUCACGGAAGGGCCUUUCAGGGCUACGCUGUAUUCUGGCCUUAUGAGCCCGAAGAAUGCAGAAAUUGUUCUUGCUAUCUCCAUAUACAACAACCCGUCGCUACCCCACAGCGAGGUGGAGAUCAGCAACACCUUCCUCAUCGACCCAGCGGUGGACGACCUCGAACUGGCCAUGAGAUUCUCCACCGCAAUCAAGAACGGUGAUGUCUUCUACACUGACAUCAAUGGCAUGCAGAUGAUAAAGCGCCGUCACUUCGAGAAGAUUCCUUUACAAGCAAACUUCUAUCCGCUGCCCGCCGCGACGUACAUAGAAGACGAUACCUUGCGACUCACGCUACUCACCUCCACGCCUUUGGGUAUGGCUGCCUUGCAAUCUGGACAAAUCGAGGUGAUGCAAGACCGGCGGUUAAGUCGCGACGACAAUCGAGGCAUGAGCCAGGGCGUGCUCGACAACGUGCGCACGCGACACACCUUCAAACUGAUCGUGGAGCAAGCCAACAACCCUUGCACGCCUAAAUCGGCCGAGCAAGCGAGUGGGCAGCUAACAUUGGGAGCACAUGUAUCUCAACAACUACUAUUGCAACCCUUAAUUACGAUGCACUACACGGCCAACGAGAAUUCCCCGCGCCCCGCCUACUCACGAGCAUUAUUCAGCGCUUCUGAUAUCGUGCUGGCGUCCUACCACUCACAUAUAACUGCUAAGAACAAGGAGGGGUCGACGUCGGCCGGUAUGGGCAUGACGCUGCAACGAGUGCACCUCGACACGUGCUACGGCGACCGCGCCGUCGCGCAGGCCUACCCCACUGGAGACGGACAGAUACCACUGACAGACUUAGUGGACGUACCACCAGACGGCGUAUUUGAGAGCUCCCUGACCUUCGUCACGAUCGGCAAUCCUCUACCCGAGGGGCUGCUCACUCUGUGCCCCAUGGAGAUACGAUCCGUUUUCAUCAACCAGACGUUAAAGCGCAAUUGAAUACUCCCACGGGUAUACUAAAGGCUUGGGCAGAUACAACGCGCGUCGGUACGCAAUAAUACGAAAGGCAGCAUGCAAAAACUAUGCUAUACUGGUGGAAUAUUUAACCACAGUUUGUUCUCAUUACCCUCGUGAGUUAUCCGAACAUCAACUGUACCAGAAGCGGGAGAGAUCCGUUUUCAUCAAUCAGACGACUGAAUACUCCCAUGGAAACGCUUAAGGCUUGGGCAGAUACAACGCGCGUCGGAAACCCAUAAUAUGAAAGGGAGUGUUGCACAUUGCUACAGACUGCAGGGUGACCGGUUAAAUGUCACUAUUCUGCUAAGGCAUUGUAAGUGUAUUUUUCAGAUGCUAUCAAACUAACUCUAAUAUUUUUGAGUAAAAAUGACUCAUAUUUGAAUAAAUUAACAUUUUAUGUUUUCCAGAAAAAUCAGGCAUUUAUUACUUAAAAAGUUUAAUAAAAAUCAUUCUGUCAAUCAUUUCAUUUUUGAGUUAUCGAAACUACACCAGUAUCGUAAGGUGUAGUAGUGAUAAGAAAGCGUUGAACUGGUAAAGAGUAGAAGUCAUUUUAUCUCGCAUCCCAAAAAUAUAAUUAAAGAACUGGCAAACAAAAUACUUUUGAUCAAAAUACUUUUUUUCUUUAAUCCACCCACUGAAUACAAAUAUGAACUCAUUUUCAAUCAAAAUGGCGUAUAACUGCACCGAAAUUGAGUCUAAAAUUGAUGAUUUCGAUUACUAUAAAUACAAACUUAAACUCAUUUCUUAAAACUGCUAAAAUUGAGUCCAAUGUUCGUGAUUUUGAUCAAAACAGUAUAAUAACAUCAUCACAACAUAUAAUAUCAUCAACAAUAAAAUCAGUUUUUUUACUCCUAUAAAAUUUUAUUUCGUGCAAUUACACUGUUUGGUUCGCCAGCGUCCCAUACUAUGGGAAUUCAAAUCUGUUAGAUUGUGAAUAUUUUGUUAUCAUUAUUGUAAAUAUUUGUAAUAUUACAAGUCAAGUUACUCAUUCGUGCUAAUUAACGUUAUAAGAUUUUCUGUCCUCUUUUACGUUAUUGGUAGUAGGUACAAAACGCACAAUAUUCUAAUAUAUCUAUACCGAUACUCAGUAGAUUUUUAAUUCAAUGCACUUUUGAAAUAAUUCAAGAACCGGUUUUAUUGAAUGUUAUCUUUAUAUGUAUUAACUUUAAAUAUAGGUUUACCACUUCACUGCGACGACUCGUGGUGUUGAAUAAUGGCAUUUUACAUAGAUAUGUUACUCAAACUCAAAGCAUUUUUUCAAAACUAGAGGAUGCCCGCGACUGCGUCCGCGUGGAUGUAGGUUAUUG